AUGCCAAUCGUGUCUAUCUCGCAAUCGGUUUUAUUCCGCAAACUUCAAAAAGAAUAUUCACAAGAAGAAUUUGAAGAAUUAUGCUUCAGUUAUGGUCUCGAACUGGACGAAGUUGUAACGGAAAAAGAACUAGUUACUAGAGAAAAGGGGAAGGAAAAGUCUAGAGGGUGUAGUACCGAGCCGGUUUAUAAGGUUGAAAUACCUGCUAAUCGUUAUGAUUUACUUUGUCCAGAGGGUUUAUCUCGAGCUCUUAUGAUAUUUGAAUCAAAGAUUAAGCCUCCGUCUUUUGUCACCAAGAAACCCCAAAAUAUAAUUCAGUUGCAUGUUUUGCCGUCGACCCAAAGUGUUAGACCUUUUGUCGUUGCUGGUGUAUUAAGAAACAUUGUGCUGGAUGAGUCUAGACUCAAUAGUUUCAUCGAUUUACAAGAGAAGCUCCACCAAAAUUUGUGCAGAAAACGAUCUUUAGUGGCCAUUGGAGCGCAUGAUUUGGACACUUUAAAUCCACCUUUCUUCUAUGAUGCUAAAUGUCCUAAAGAUAUUCGCUUUAAAGCGUUGAACAAAACUGAAGAGCAUAGUGCUGAAGAACUAAUGCAAAUAUUUUCUAGUGAUUCACAUUUAAAACAAUAUCUCUCAUUAAUUCAAGAUAAACCUAAAUAUCCAAUUAUUUUCGACAGUUCCAAUACUGUUCUAUCAAUGCCUCCAAUAAUAAACGGUGAACAUUCUCGUAUUUCUACUAAAACACGAAACGUUUUUAUUGAAGCAACUGGAACUGAUUUACACAAAGCUAUUGUUGUUCUUGAUACACUUAUCACAAUGUUCUCAGAGUAUUGUGAGGAACCAUUUACCGCUGAAUCUGUCGAAGUUAUUCAACAUGAUGGCAGUCGUUUUUUAUAUCCACGUCUAGAUUAUCGUGAUGAAGUUGUCAGUAUUGAUUAUAUCAAUCGUCAAUUAGGUACCAAUAUUUCUGAAACAGAAGUGAUCAAUUUAUUAAAUCGUAUGGGUUUCACUUGUACAACUGUAUCGUCGAAUCAAUGUAAAGAUUCAACUUCAGAUAUAUUAACAACAGGUCAAAAUGCAACUGGUCUAAUCUCUGUAAGAAUACCACCUACAAGGCAUGAUAUUUUACAUGCAUGUGAUAUAGCUGAAGAUGUUGGGAUUGCAUUCGGUUAUGAUAAUAUACCUGAAUCUUUACCACAAACCUAUUGUGUAGCUGGUAAUCAACCAAUCAGUCGGUUGACAGAUCUUAUUCGUGCUGAAAUAGCUCAAAUGGGAUUUACUGAAGCAUUAAGUUUCUCAUUAUGCUCCAAGGAAGAUAUCAGCACUAAACUGAGGCAAAAAUUAGAUGAUGUCCCAGCUGUACACAUAUCUAAUCCUAAAACGCUUGAUUUUCAAGUUGUCAGAACCAGUUUAUUACCAGGAUUGUUGAAUACAUUAGCCAGUAAUAAAAGUUUACCAUUACCUUUGAAAUUAUUUGAAGUUCAAGAUAUUGUACUGAAAAAUCCAUCUAAAGAUGUUGGCGCUAGCAAUCAUCGACGUAUUUGUGCAGUUUACUACAAUAAAAAUUCUGGCUUUGAAAUAAUACAUGGUUUGUUAGAUAGAUUAAUGCAAUUAUUACAAGUUGAAUCAAUUUUGUCAAAAACAACAAAGAAAUCUAAUGAUCAUGAAAAAAAAUCAAAUUUGAGUUAUAGAUUGAACGCUACAUCCGAUCCAACAUACUUUGAUGGUCGUUGUGCUGAUAUUAUAUUGGAGCCUGACAAUAAAAUUAUUGGACGAUUGGGUAUUCUCCAUCCUGAUGUCAUACGAAAUUUUGAAUUGACGAUGCCUUGUUCAGCUUUAGAUUUAGAUCUCGAAGUGUUUCUUUGA